AUGUUUCGCAAAAGAGAGAAUGUGUACUCUCGUCACAAAUUCGGAAACAGCGAUGAAUUCGAAGAGGAGCUUUACGACAUGUUCAAUAAGAAAUAUGAGUUCGUUUUCAAUAGCGAUUGGAGACUACCGGAUCGAGGGUCUUUCUUCUCCGCGCCGCCGUGGAAAAUUGAAAGCCUCGAUAAAAUGAAAGCAAGAUUAAACUUUCACAAGAGUCAACUCAAUGACUUCAGUAUCGAAGAGUGGAGUAGUCACACGCGGCGUCGGAAUCCCGCUGGCGAAGUCAGUUGGAAGGUCAGGUGCCUGGUGAAUCCAGAGUUCUUAACGCAGGCAUGGACAAAGUUCUAUGAAUGCGCGUGCACCUAUAACAUUAUACCACUCGAAGCUAAGGAAGACAAACAAAUGGUCUCUCUACAUUUGUGUGAGGCGCCAGGUGCUUUUAUCACCUCAUUAAAUCAUUACCUCAAACUAAACCACAAUAAUAUACGAUGGAAAUGGUUGGCCAGCACAUUAAAUCCGUAUUACGAAGGUAACUCAACAUCAAACAUGAUAAGUGAUGACAGGUUCAUGUUCCACACUCUGCAAAACUGGGAUUUUGGAGUGGAUAAUACAGGAAAUGUUAUGGAUUGGGAAAACUCACAAGCUAUUAUCAAAAGGGCUAAAAGUUUGGGAAAGGUCUUACUAGUAACUGCAGAUGGUUCCAUAGACUGCAUACAGAAACCAGAUGCCCAGGAAGAGAUCACUUCACCCUUGCAUUACUGUGAAAUUGUUACUGCUCUACAAAGCCUUAGCAAAGGUGGAACAUUUGUUUUCAAACUGUUUACCAUAUUUGAACAUUCCACUGUAUGCUUAUUGUAUCUUCUUAAUCAUCUCUUCAAAGAAGUAAAUAUUUACAAACCUAUCACAUCACGGCAAGGUAACUCUGAAGUGUAUGCCAUAUGUCUCAGGUAUAAAGAUAAUUUUCUGCUAGAAGAGUUCUUGCCAAGGCUGAAAAUAACUUAUGGAACAAACCUAUACAGUGAGUUAUCACUUUUCCCUCUGGAUGUGAUUCCUGAUAGUUUUAUUAAACAAGUAGAAGAAUGUGCAUAUUACUUCUAUUCUCUGCAAUGCCAUGUUAUCAAUAAUAAUCUUCAAGCCUAUUUAAUGCAAAACAACAUUGCACUGCAUCGCGAUAUAAAAAAGAUAAGGACUCUAGUCGCUGCAGAGUUUGUUUGGAGGUAUGAAUUAAAACCUAUCAAUCCAGAACAAGAAAUUCUCAAGGGUGUGCUUCACGAAGAAAAUAAAAUUAAUAAUAACCCAAGGCACUACAGGGGCUCCUAUACAGAGAGACAACUCUACACAAAAAUGUCAGUCAAGGAAAAGUUACGAAAUCUGCAUGAUUCAAUGCAAACUGAUCUUAUAUCAAAUCCUGCCAUUUUAAUAAAUAAGCCAGUGCAAUGGAUGGUGGAAAGUGACACAGAAUUCAAAAUUAAAUUCACAUAUGGGCAACCAUUACAGAGGCUUAACAGCUCGAAAUUUAUACUGAUUCCUAUUUUCAAGCUUUAUCAACAAAUUUUACUGGAUGAAGAAUUUAAGGAAAUUCUUAUUUCAUAUGAAAAUGUACAUGAAAGAAAUGUCCCAGAAUUUGAUAUUAAAGAGUCAACUAAGUUACAACUACCAUGUGUUAAGUAUGAUGAUACAUAUCAUGUUCAUGAAAAAUAUUGUUUCAAGUUAUUAAAUGACACAUUAAAAGAAAUGUCAGAUGGUGAUACACUGCUUCUACAGAAUUUUAAUUUAUUAACACACUUCAAUGUAAGCAUUUUAUACAUUCUAACCAAAGCAUGCUUCAAACGAGCCGGGUUUACUUCCUGUGGCAUUCUUAUCUUAGAGAAGCUGAAUAAGAAAAUGUUGAAUCUCUUAGACGCAGUUGAUAUUGAAUGCCAAAGAGUAACAAAAGAGAGCAGUAAAGAUAUCUUGACUGCUCUUCCCAUAAAAUUGACAAAUGCAGGUGAUUUUUUUAACAAUGUUGUGUUUUAUAACAACACAUUCUACAGACGUAGAUGCUCAGAAUACUUGAAAGCUAUAGAUCAAUCCAUUUAA